AUCUUCAAGUUUGAUCAGCGAAUCUAACGAGAACCGAAGUGGUCCCGAAGCGUGACUGUUUGAUCACGUGAAACACUCGAAUUUGACGAGAGAAUAUAUAAGAUGAUGCUGAUGCAGGAGCCCGGUUGGAAGCUGGAGCGUAAGGGCUCGGGGGCGCAGGUGCUGCGCAAGGAUGGAUCCCACUUCAAAAGCAAUACCGCACGCGUGUGCUUCCGAUGUGACGUGGAGAUACGCGAAUUCGUGCCCGAUGAGGAUUACGGUAUGACGGAGAGCAUGGAAAUGGAAACGGCCGCAAGUCCCCUGGCGAUGCUGUCCAGUUGCGUGGCAGCGCUUUGCGUCACCAUCCUCCUGCCUUGGCUCCUGAUCGGGGGCUAAAUCGCGCCGCUUCUAUCAUCGAUCGCGGCAGGACGUCGUCGCUCGAAAGAUUCGCAUCGACAACAUCAUCCUUCGAUUGAUUCUCGACUACGAGUGUACUCGGGUACUGGUAUCCGUCUAUUCUUACGCUGGUGAGAAUCCCAAUAGUCGCUCGUGGUAUAUUUGACGGUUAACAAUGGUUGCGUGAAUUCUUGAGUCGAACGUGCUCAAGAAAUGUUAAGAUAUUAUUGUAUACUACAGUAUCCGUGAUCAAUGGAUAUUGUAAUACUUUCGGGCAUUUUUUUCGAUUAGAGCGAAGACUCGCUAUUCCCGUUCGAAUAUCGAUCAUUGGAUAUCAUUCGAGGAAAGACAUCUCUUGCAUGAGACGAGAGUGUCACGCGGUUAAUUGUUUUAUCAAUGAACCGAGAUAGAGAGAUGAACAAGUUUUAUCGCUAUGAUUAUAUAUAGGAUUUAUAAUUGCAUUCAUCGCGUUUGUAGAUUGAUGUGACGAUUCAGAAGUUUAUUCUUAUCGAUUCUAUACUGAAAAUUCUCUGGAAUUUAUGAUAAAACAAAUUUUUUUACAAAAUUUGAACGUGUCGAAAAGAAUUUUGAUUUAAUACGUGAUGAACAAAGUCAUAUUUAUAACACUGCGAGCUAGAGAUUCAGAAUUCGAUUCAGAGUUCAAAGAAUAGCAAGCAUGCUAGAUAUUUUUUAGAAUAAGUUAUAGUGACCGAGACAAAUGAUAUUAAUGUUUGGAUGUUAUCCAAGAUUUUCAAUGUUAUAAGUAACGAGAAUAUGUGACUGAUUUUUUUCUGUAAUUGUAUAGUGUAUAGUUGAACAAGAGUUAUUUGUAAUAUAUGUGUAUAUCGAUCUUGUAACGGUACAAAAUUCAACAUGAUUGUAUUUUGCUAAAUGUUACGUAAUCCAAAUUUUGUAAAUAUUUUAUAUGUGUAAGAGAAGGGCGAAAAAAUAAUAAGUAAAAAAGAAAAAA